AUGCAUGAUUUAAAAUUUAUUGAUUUUAUAUUAACAAUAGAACAUAACUCUGAGUCGGCUUCAGCUCCCAUUAAUAUCAAUCAUGAUGUUGAAUCAACUUCAGUUCCAAUUGAUAAUGUUGGUUCCGACUCAGCCAUAGAUUAUGAGCAACUUCACUACGACUCUACUGUAAAUUAUCAGCAAACUUCAGAUCCUAAUCAUGGUGUUGACUCCGUCUCAGCUUCAAUUCCUAUUCACGGUCACUAA